AAUGGGCGGAGACAACCGAUCGAUAAUUUAAACACAAAAAUUUGGCACAAACAAAAAUCACAAAGCGUGAAAUAUUAUACGUCUUAUUGUUAGUUUAUUAAAUGUGUGCAAUGUCUAUAAAUAUCAAUAUAUGAACUAGGAUCACAAAUAGAUAACAGUAGUUUGGGUAUUUUCGGAUAUUUCUGGAUAAUAAGCAAUCACUACAAAUCUUCAUACGCAGUUCAUCUGGGUAGUAUUGAGGUUAAUGAAAACAAUACUAAAGUAAUUGCUUAAACACAGUACGUUAUAGAUUGGAAGGCAGACAAUGGCUACAGAAGGGGCAGAACUGAAGGCAGCAGAAGCUGGAGCCGCUCCACCCUCAUAUGUGGAUGCAAAAGAUGUAGCUCCUCCACCAUCUUACGAUUCCCUUUUUGGAAAGAUAAAACAAGCGAAGGCAGAAUCAGAUGGAAAUGUCGAUUUUGUCAAGACAUGCUGUGGAAUUUUAGUAGGUUCCGUUGCAUGUACUAUCUGUUUAGGGAUUUUCUUGGCAAUUCCAAUAGCUAUGAUUGCUGUAGGAGCAACCUAUUUACAUGACUGUCCGGCAGAAAAAAUGAUCCCCAUAUACCUGAUUGUAGCAGGAGUUUUUAACAUUGUAUCUAACAUACUUAUGAUCAUUAGAGGACAGGUCAAUAAAAGGAAGGACGGAGAGGAAGAGAAACAGUCAGGGGCUGGACCCGAACAACUUAUCAACUGUUUUCUAUUUGCUUGGUUCAUUGCAGGUAAUGUAUGGGUGUACAGAACAUACGAUGCCUGGCAAAGCAGUAAUUCCAUUUUGGAUAAUUACUGCAAUCCAACGCUGUAUUACUUUUCAUUCUGGAUAAUCACCUCUACUUAUAUCGUGAUGGGAGUGUUGUUAGUUAUCUGUCUAGCUGUUUGUAUUUGCAUGUGUGUCUGUGGCAAGAAGGAAUAACUGUCGAAACUGUGUGGAUAACUUCCGGUUACAAGAUGAAACGUAACCAUCAUUUUCAACUUCUCAUCUAGCGGCAUUCGGAUUCCUUCACCUUUAACGUAAAGGCAUUACUUAUAUACUAUCUGUUACCUUUGAAAUGUUGUAGACAAGUCGCUGAGAAAGAUACAACGCAGUAAUAAUGUAUUUGUUCUUUCAAUAGUGUAGUAUCGUUGUACCUGUUAUAGUUCUCACGGGAUUUAUAAUCGUCGAAUUUUCUUAAUAAAUGUGUAUCGUUCAUGGAUAUCUUUUACAAGUUACUGACAAAUGGCGAGAAUAAAGUAUUAGAGAACUGACAAAUUGUUCUAGAACUUCAAGGAUAACUCUGACAUUUGACCACAAGUUGCAAUUCACGUGCUACAAAGGGACAGUAUAUAUAUAUAUAUAUGUUAUUGAGUAUCUUAUUUUAGUACAUUAUUAUUGUCAGUAUUAUCAAGACAACUUGCAAGCGCUUUCCAUUGGUCUGUUUCUAACUGUCAAUCAUGGUACGAUAUGAUAUGUUUGGGUCUUUUUUUUUUGUCGUUUGGUUUCCAUAUCAUUGACGUAAACCCCUCGCCUCCUUUUAUUUAUAUGCAGCGUAAUGAUAUGCAGUUGAAACCAUCAACAUUAUCAUAUGCAAACUUGAUCUAUGGUAGUCUUCCAGAGAACCUUUAAUUAAAACAUGUACGAGGGUCUGAAUGGGGAUUACAGAAUUGAGAAUAAUGGGGAAAAAUACAGAAUAUAGGGCUAAAAAGUAAAGAAUAGAGAAUAAUGGUCAAAAUAAAAGAUAGAGAAAAACGCUUUUUAAAAUGUUAAAGAAUAAAGAAAUGAAGGAUACCCAUCCAGACCCUCGUGUAUUUUCAUUAUACUGUAUCUAUUUGUUUCGUUAAUUGAUGCAUAUUCGUUGUAAAAUGUAGAGAUAGUUUUUCAUUUUAUCUUCGUCGAUAACAGUUCAAAUUGACAGGUUUUAGACCAUGCCAGAGACACAAUGUCUCUGAAUACGCAUAUCAUUUGAUGCAAUCUUUUGCAUGCAUAAUAUGCCAUGAAAUGGAGUUAAUUUAUAAUAGGAAAUACACAAAAUAUAUUCGAUGAACUUUAUACUAAAACUGUAGAAAACAGACAUUUACUAAGUUGAUACUUAUAUCAUAAAUAGUUUUACUAACCAUGAUAGUUUGCAUUUAGCUUUAGUUUUAAUGGUUUAUCACGAAAGAAAUACUUCGACCACUCAGAUGCAUACUUGGAAGUAUACUUGUUUACCUUGUCAUUAACAAUUUGGAUACAUACAUGUUUAGUUUCAUGACAAUAAACCUAUUCAUUUAUCUUUUUA